AUGAGUAUCACCUCGGGUCAGCAUUUCAAACCGGCAUCGCGGUACACGGGACACUAUUUCAUAACCACUCUGCUCUACUCGUUUUUCCUGGGUUGCUUUGGAGUGGAUCGAUUCUGCCUGGGCCACACCGGGACCGCCGUGGGGAAACUGCUGACUCUCGGAGGGCUGGGGAUCUGGUGGUUUGUUGACCUGAUUCUCCUCAUCACCGGCGGGCUGAUGCCCAGCGACGGCAGCAACUGGUGCACCGUGUACUGAGAGGAGCAGAGCUGACCCCAAAAGAAGCUAAGGGCGCCUCUGCGGGGCUGGAGACGGACUCCUCUGCUUGUCCCACAGCAUCAGAACAGACUUCUGCCUUGCGCAAACAUGGAUUUACAAAGCUGUAACUGCAUGUGCGGAACACUUCUUCUUGUUAAUUCCUCUGUACAAACCUUGGACACAAAAUUGUUCAGUAUCUUAAGCAAGCAAAAUAUAUAAUCUGGAUUCCCCCCCCCAUUCAAGCAGUGACAGUCUAAGAAAUCAGACCUUGCAAAUACAGGCGGUCAAACAAAUCUUAAUAAAGUCUGGA